CAUCGCGUUUGUGGAACGAAGGGUACCACCAUGUGAUAUGUUUGGUUACGUUGAUCGUGUGAUAGUGACACUUGCAUAUUUGUCGAUGUAUUUACGUGGAAGACACACGAAUUAUGUGUGUACAUUGAUAAAUGUCCAUGCCUAAAGCAAUGAUUAAGAUAACUGUGAUUGGAACGACAAUUUGUAUCCGGCACUGUAACAGCAAAAUCCAUUACGAAACGGUGGAGUUGCUUCGUAAAAUGGCUCUGCAAUCCAUUAACCGUGAUUAUAAAGCUCUUGGCAGUGUUCGUAAGUCUUUUGUGGACAAUGGGCUUUAUAAUAGAGUGACGAUAAACCAUAAAAAAUUGGAAGCCUAUGCUGAGCAAGCAGUCCGUUUAUUAAUGCAAGACUGUGUGAUAGCGGUACCUACUGACACAGUUUACGGUUUAGCAGGUGCUGUUCAGAGUGAAGAUGCUGUUGAAAAACUGUACAAAAUAAAAGGUCGGGAUGCAGCGAAACCAAUUGCGAUCUGUGUUAGUUCUAUCAGCGAGAUGGAAAAGUGGGCAGACACAAGCAUUCUUCCUCCUGCCCUCUUACAGUGUAUUCUUCCAGGACCUUUUACAAUCGUCCUCAAAAGAUCAAAAACUUUAAAUGUUAAAUUUAAUCCUGGAAUCCCGAACGUCGGUAUACGCAUUCCACAAGACAGAUUUAUAGUUGAAGUUGUUAAAAAGUUCGGAGAACCUAUUGCUCUUACUAGUGCAAAUAGCAGUGGAGAACAGAGCGCAAUUGAAGUAGAAGAAUUCUCUCACUUGUGGCAGUAUGUAGAUGCAGUUUUUGAUGCUGGCAAAAUUCCACAAGAAAUCCGCACUGGCUCUACAGUUGUAGAUUUAAGUGAACACGGUAGUUUUAAAAUAAUCAGAGCAGGUGUAUCUUGUGAUGCCCUGAGGCAUAAGCUAUUUCAGUUUAAAUUAUUGGAACGUAAUUAAAACUUUUAGCCGCUGAGAGAAGCAGCUUGCAAGUACAAAGUGCAUUGCAGAAGUAUUUAUUGUACAAGGUGCCAAAAUGGAAACUAUUGGAUAUUUCUGCCUUUGUGGUGACUUAUUUAAGAAACCAAGUGGCAUACUUCAAUAAUUGUGAUUCUUCAGUUUUUGUAAUGUCGAAGUGUAUGAAUUAGCUUACCUUUUUGAUGAUGGUGUUAUCUACAAGUUAUUGGAUGUUGUAUCAUGAAGUACUGCAGUGAUUUUUCUCCAACUGUUAAAAUAUCUACCGCAUUUAAAAUGAAAUGGUGUGAAUAACAUGUCGGUUUAUGUUUAUUUCCAGUUUUUUUACACUCCAUAAUGACUUGGCAUUUGUGAAUUUAGGAGAUGAUGUAAUUUUAAGUUUAGUUCCAUAAGAAAUAUACCUGUGAUACAGUUUAUAUAAAUGUGUAAACCAAUUUUUCUUUGAUUUCAUUCAUAAGCAAGUAAUAUUUGAGACUGUAAUCUGAAAGUUACUGCCUGCAUUUCCAUUUUUGUAUUUAUAGUGGCUUAAAUACCAGUCACCCAUCAAUUCUUUCAAUAGGUGGUGCUGGCACAUAUUGCUUAACACCGAUUAUGGAGCAUUCCAUGAUGAUUCAGUCUAAAGUAAAAGUAUUUCCUCAUCCCUUAUCUGGUUCCCCUACAAAGAAAGGAAAACACAACAAAUUUUAGAAUUUUUUCCUCUCAAUUUUCAUCUUCAGGUAAUUCAGAUUUUAGAAGUUCUGGACUGGCACAAAAAUAAAUUACAUUUUUUCUUUAUCAUUCAGUCUAUGUAAAAUUUGGUUGUUAUUUGCUCUAAAUGAUAAGGAUUGUAAACAAAAUUACCUUGUACCUCUAAGUAAACUCACGAAGGCCAUAAAAAAUUUAUAGGCCUACUAUCUAUUCUUGUGAAUCAAUUUGUAAACAAACAUGGCGUAGGUUGCAAUUUGUGUCACCUGAAUGGAAGGGGAUUAACCCCAUAAUUCUCUUUCCAAAAUAAUCCCCAAGGCAUGGACUACCAAUGGAAAAACUGAAUAUUUAUAUGAGGUUCAGUUGUUGCGUAUUUACUCCAAUGAAAGUCAAUUUCCUUGUGGCUGUGUGGUUUUUUUUUUAUGUACGUUUAAUUGACUUCGAGACAAUACAGUCUAUCUUCAAUUGCCUGCAGAACACAAAUCACUCGUGAUCACCUGCAUUACAUUCAUUUUGCAUCUGAAGAUAUUAAUUAAAAAUUAUCAGCAUUCAAAAUAAUUACAGAAAACAGUAGCUGUGGGAUUUGCAAAAAAAUAUUGUCAGUUCUAUAAAAUUCUAUUUUCAGGAUAUCGAAGUGUCAUCAGAUCACCGACAAAUGCAUGCAAUUAUAUAUAGACAUUCUAUUAUGGUUGUUCAAUAAACAUUGCCCCACAAUUUUUCUCAGGUCAUAUUUAUUCUUUUAGUGACAAUAUCAACAAUGUCUUCUAUAUGUACUAUUUUUCGACACAGUCUCCAUUACAUUCUGUGGCCUUAUGCCAGCAUUGCAUAAGAGCAUGUAUUCCCCAUUGGAGAAAGACUUGUCCCAUGCUCAUUGCCAUGUAUUCACUGCAUGAAUCUAGCUCACCUCAUCCUCAAAGUUGUCCCAUAUUGAAAAUCCCUAAGUGAAAAUUCAGAUGAAAAGGUUUUUCCUUCAAUCUUGUGAUGUGUUGUGAGCAUUCAUGGAAACCAUCUUGAGCAUGCAUUUGAAUGCCCAAGCAUCUCAAAUCAUUGUAUACUCAUUUCCAAUGCUCACAAUAGCUGAAAAGUCAGUUUUGAUGCAUCGGUCUGCAUGAAUAAGGGCAUACGCAUUAUUCACAACCAGGGAGCAAAUGUUCCAGAACAUUCUGAAUGAGGCAGAUGAUGGAGCUCAGUAUCUGCACUUUCAGAUACUUAACUCUAUCCAUCAUCCGACAGUACUCAUAUCAAAUGCAUCAUUACCAUAUACUGCACACAAAUGUUUAUGGGCAUCCACCAUGGUUUCUUUUUGCACAGCCAAGAACUCAAUUACUGCACAUUGCUUGAAAUGACUGUCUUGCAUAGAUGCCAAUUUGAUGGUUCAUUGUGUUUCUUCCAUCUGUUGGAAUUGUUUGAGGCUUUGCACACAUGCAAGUGAAACAUCAAAUUUGAAGGUGCUAGAAGGAUAUUUUCCUAUAUACAUGGGUGUAAAAAUAAAAACUGGAACAUUAUUUGUUGAACGAUUCUUGUAAUUGAAAUUUACAAUCAAAAUGCCACAGUGUGUCAUAUACCACUGUAUUUAUUAGAGAGAGAAGGGGGAGACUUAAUUUUGGAACUGUACUGCUUAGAACCAGUGGAAAUGUACACAUAGGCAUCUCCUAUAUUGUACAAGUAUUAGAUGAGUGCAUGGAGGUUACCAUUUACAGUAAAUUCAUUGUAAUGGUACCAUAUGAGCUGAUGUCAUAAGCCAUAGAAUGUUAAGUUUACCCUUCGAUUCAUUUAGUGCUCAAGGUGAAUUUAACUCAUAUGUUUGAGGCACUAUAGACUUCACAGAAACUGUGACCAAUAUGAACUCUCUCUCUCUCUCUCUCUCUCUCUCUCUCUCUCUCUCUCUCUCUCUGUGUGUGUGUGUGUGUGUGUGUGUGUACUUCAAAAUUACUAAAUUUUGGCUUAAUUGCUUCACAAACAGCUUUAAUUGUUAAUUCCAUUACUAGAUAGCCACUUGCGCUCACAUUCAUCAGAAUAACGUACAUACAUACACAUUUCCACUGGUUCUAAGCAGUAGGAUUCCAUACUCAGCCAUCACUCCCCCUUCCUAUCUUUCAUAAGACUGGUGGUAUAUAAGAAUGUACUGCACUAUUUUGAUUGGCUUUCAUUUAGAACCCCUCCUAAUAGUUCUGUAAACUCUUAGAUGCAUUUGUUUGUUAUACUUUGAGAUAUAUAUAUAUAGAUAUCACAUAAAUAAGAUUUUAUAGAACGUGCAGUGCUUUAUGCAAAACUCAAAGCCAUUUUAUUUGAAUAAUGUGUCACAUUUUAUGUAUAUGUAUGUUCCUAGACACACUGCUAGCCCAUAAGUAGGUUAUGCAACUGACAACUUUACACAAAUCAAUAUCUGUACUACAAAAUGGAUAUGAUGUGGAUCAUCAGGUGUGUGUACUAUGUGUUGCAUAGGUACCUGAAAAUGCGAUAACUGUCUUGAAAUUGAAUGUAAAUACAGGAAAUAAAAAGUGUGUCUAUAAGGAAAUACU